AUGAAAUAUUUACAUUUAUUUAAACUUGUUGUCUUUCUACAUAGUUCAUGUUUAGUAUUAGGAGAUGAGAUUGAAAAUAAAGAUGAACCUCAUCAUCAUAGAUACAGUCCAUCAGAAGGAAUAUUUUGGUUAUUUCUUUUAUAUGCAUUUGGAUUAUCUAUUUUAGCAGCAUUCUGCUCAGGAAAUACUCAAGGAUUGCUUUCAAUAGAUAUGUUGAAUUUAGAACUUAAAUUAAAAAGUGGAACAGAAUAUGAAAAGAAAGUGGUAAAAGUUCUAUGUUAUUAUAGGCUUAAAUACUAUUGCCUGUGAUAUCUCAACAUCAUUUAUUAUUAUCAACUUUGUUAGUUGGAAAUGCUUUUGCUUGUGAAACCUUACCAAUAAUUUUACAUCAAUUGGCUCCAGAUUGGUUGGCAAUUUUGAUAUCUGCUGGCAUAAUUGUAUUAUUUGGAGAAAUAAUUCCUUCAGCAUUCACAACAGGGCCUGAUUAAUUAGUAAUUGGAAUGAAAAUGAUUCCUUAUGUAAAAAUAUUAUAAGCUAUACUAUAUAUAAUUUGCUAUCCAUUGAGUCUUUUACUAGAUUAUAUUUUAGGUGUGCAUCUUCAUUAAAGAUACAAGAUAAAAGAUAUAAGAGGAUUGUUAAAUUUACAUGCUUAAGAUAGUGGACAUGGAAAUAAUGCUUAAUUAGCUAGGGAUUAAAUGUAAUUGAUGGAUUCUAUGAUGGAAAUGAGAAAACAAACUGUAAUGAAGAAUUGUAAAGACAUUAAGAAAGUCUUUAUGUUAAAUGCCGAUGAACGAUAUAGUUCUGAUUUGAAAAACAAGAUAAGAAUAAAAGGAUUCUCAAAGAUUCCAGUUUAUUAAGGAUCAAAUAAAGAUUAAAUAAUUGGGACUAUAUAAGCUAAAUCAAUUUUAAAAUUGACAGCUUAAGAUUAUGGUAGGUCAAUAUCAUCAUUAUUACAAAUGUAAGAACCAUUGAUAAUUCCAAAGGAUACUACAAUGUUAGAAAUGUUAAUAUUAUUCCAACAUGAAAGGAAAUCUUUAGCUUUUAUUUGUGAUAAAGGGAAAAAAGUAUAAGAAUAUGAUACAUUGAAUGUAAUAUAUUCUAUUUAAAUAUUUUAUAGAUAUCAAAUUUAAUCGUUGAAGGGUAGUAUAAUAUUAUAGCAUUAAUUGGAUUGACCGAUGUAUUCGAAGAGAUGCUUGAUUUUGAGAUUGAGGAUGAAGAUGUUCAUGGAACUUUGUGUGAUUAUCCAAAAUAGAAAAAUAAGUAUACUGAAUUAAAGGUUAUAACUGAAGAGUAAGAAAAGUAAGGUAGAGGUCGCGAAUUGAAAUAGAAACUAUUAUCAUGA